AUCCGCACGAGUCGCCCUGCUGAUAGCAGACGGUAGCGGAGCGUAAAACAGCCUGAGUUCUUUUAUUGUACGUAGACCUCAAUUGACUAACAACUGGAUACAACCUGGAAAAUACGACCGCAGACCGCCACACUAAUACGAAUGUUGUUCAGAACAUAAGUAGCCCAGUGGGAAGAAACGAAAGAAAUCAAGAGAAACAGCCCUCUCCAAACUCAGUAGUUCGUCAAGCCACGCUAGAAACUGGAUUCCGAAUAUUCCGUUUUCGGAGCAUCGUGGCUUUUCCCGGAGUGGCAUGAACGAGGGAUCAAACCGAUCGAUUUGAACUCCUACUUUAACCCAAAGAGGAUUCAAUGAAAAUGUCCAUCUGCGUCCAUGAGAACCGCAAGUCCCGAGCCAGCACGGGCUCUAUGAACAUCUACCUGUUCCACAAGUCGUCCUAUGCCGACAGCGUGCUGAUGCACCUGAACACGCUGCGCCAUCAGAGGCUGUUCACUGACGUGCUGCUGCAUGCCGGCAACCGCUCCUUCCCCUGCCACCGCGCCGUGCUGGCCGCCUGCAGCCGCUACUUCGAGGCCAUGUUCAGCGGCGGUCUGCGCGAGAGCCAGGCCGAUGAGGUCAACUUCCACGACUCCAUCCACCCCGAGGUGCUGGAGCUGCUGCUGGACUACGCCUACUCCUCCCGGGUCAUCAUCAACGAGGAGAACGCCGAGUCCCUGCUGGAGGCCGGGGACAUGCUGGAGUUCCAGGACAUCCGGGACGCCUGCGCCGAGUUCCUGGAGAAGAACCUGCACCCCACCAACUGCCUGGGCAUGCUGCUGCUGUCGGACGCCCACCAGUGCACCAAGCUGUCGGAGCUCUCCUGGGGCAUGUGCCUGAACAACUUCCCCACCAUCUGCAAGACGGAGGACUUCCUGCAGCUGCCCAAAGACAUGCUGGUGCAGCUCCUGUCCCACGAGGAGCUGGAGACGGAGGACGAGAGGCUGGUGUACGAGUCGGCCCUCAACUGGGUCAACUAUGACCUGGAGAGGCGGCACUGCCACCUCCCGGAGCUGCUGCGCACCGUCCGCCUCGCCCUCCUGCCCGCCAUCUUCCUCAUGGAGAACGUCUCCACCGAGGAGCUCAUCAACAAGCAGGCCAAGAGCAAGGAGCUGGUGGAUGAGGCCAUCCGCUGCAAGCUGAAGAUCCUGCAGAACGACGGCGUGGUCACCAGCCUGUGCGCCCGGCCCAGGAAGACCAGUCACGCCCUCUUCCUCCUGGGCGGCCAGACCUUCAUGUGCGACAAGCUCUACCUGGUGGACCAGAAGGCAAAGGAGAUCAUCCCCAAGGCGGACAUCCCCAGCCCGCGCAAGGAGUUCAGCGCCUGCGCCAUCGGCUGCAAGGUCUAUGUCACGGGCGGCCGGGGCUCGGAGAACGGCGUGUCCAAGGACGUGUGGGUCUACGACACCCUGCAUGAGGAGUGGUCCAAGGCGGCGCCCAUGCUCAUCGCCCGCUUCGGCCACGGCUCGGCCGAGCUGAAGCACUGCCUCUACGUGGUGGGCGGGCACACGGCCGCCACCGGCUGCCUGCCGGCCUCGCCCUCGGUGUCCCUCAAGCAGGUGGAGCAGUACGACCCCGCCGCCAACAAGUGGACCAUGGUGGCGCCGCUCCGGGAGGGCGUGAGCAACGCGGCGGUGGUGAGCGUCAAGCUCAAGCUCUUCGCCUUCGGAGGCACCAGCGUGAGCCAUGACAAGCUGCCCAAGGUGCAGUGCUACGACCCGCUGGAGAACCGCUGGACCGUGCCCGCCACCUGCCCCCAGCCCUGGCGCUACACGGCCGCCGCUGUGCUCGGCAACCAGAUUUUCGUCAUGGGAGGCGACACCGAGUUUUCGGCGUGCUCCGCUUACAAGUUCAGCAGUGAGACCUACCAGUGGACUAAGGUGGGGGACGUCACAGCCAAGCGCAUGAGCUGCCAGGCGGUGGCCUCUGGGAAUAAACUCUACGUGGUGGGCGGCUACUUUGGCACACAGCGGUGUAAAACUCUGGACUGCUACGACCCCACACUGGACACCUGGAAUAGUAUUACCACUGUGCCAUACUCCCUUAUCCCCACUGCCUUCGUCAGCACGUGGAAGCAUCUUCCAGCUUAAGCACCUCAAGGUUUUCCUGUUUCUGCAACACAUCUACUGGAUUUCAACUGUGAAGAUGCACACUUUAAAGUCCCUGUGCAGUCAAAAAUAUGCCUUUCCAUUUUCCACAAUAGUUAUACAGCAGGUGGAUCUUACGUGGCAACUAACGGUAUAAAAAAAAAUAAGCUUUAAAGUCACUUCCUGUGUUAACAGCUUGAUGGCAGAUCUUCAGCAGAGAAUGAUGUCAUAAUCUUUUCUUUUCCUCUACAUAACCAAACUAAGGCCUAUACAUUCUGCCUAUUAACCUCACAUUUAAAAUGUUAAUGUUGAUGAGGAGCAUCAUGGUGAUUACCCAGUGCAUUUUAAGCCUGUGCUUUCAUGCACUGCACAAUAUCUGUGUAGAUCAUUUUAUGCACCUCUUACUGUACUGUCAAAUCACAAUAAUUACCUGCACAGGGACUUGAGCAUUUAGCAUGAAGGAUAAAUGACAGAAGUCAGGGGUGAGGGCCUGCAACGGCAGAGGUAGCAGACUCUUCAGGACGACAAACUGGACACGACAAAGGGCCAGCCCCUCCCUUCUGCGCUUUGACUUUGUUCUUGCCAUUUAAGCGACGUCAGCAUUAUCCUUAACAUCAGCAACUCAUACUGUGUCUGAGUUAAAGCCGUUUAACCCAAGGACAAGCAUCAAGCAUUCAUUCUCCCCACAAGGAAAAAGACGGCAGCAUUGAAAAGUAGACACGGCUUCCCCGUGAAAGACAAGACUUUAAACGGACAGGCCUUCCUGAAUUGCCGUCGAGGGGGAACCUUCCUGUUUGGUGUGAAAUACGGAAUGGCUGUCGCGUCAUGAGGCAGUUUGAAGUGCCAGCACCAGCUGUGUUGGGGAAGAAUGGAUUCAUGU